AUGGAUAUCUCUGGUAUGGAUAUCUCUGGUAUGGAUAUCUCUGGUAUGGAUAUCUCUGGUACAGAUAUCUCUGGUACAGAUAUCUCUGGUACGGAUAUCUCUGGUAUGGAUAUCUCUGGUAUGGAUAUCUCUGGUACGGAUAUCUCUGGUACGGAUAACUCUGGGAUGGAUAUCUCUGGUAUGGAUAUCUCUGGUAUGGACAUCUCUGGUAUGGAUAUCUCUGCUAUGGAUAUCUCUGGUAUGGAUAUCUCUGGUACGGAUAUCUCUGGUAUGGAUAUCUCUGGUAUGGAUAUCUCUGGUAUGGAUAUCUCUGCUAUGGAUAUCUCUGGUAUGGAUAUCUCUGGGAUGGAUAUCUCUGGUACGGAUAUCUCUGGUAUGGAUAUCUCUGGUAUGGAUAUCUCUGCUAUGGAUAUCUCUGGUAUGGAUAUCUCUGGUAUGGAUAUCUCUGGUAUGGAUAUCUCUGGUAUGGAUAUCUCUGGUAUGGAUAGCUCUGGGAUGGAUAUCUCUGGUACGGAUAUCUCUGGUAUGGAUAUCUCUGGUAUGGAUAUCUCUGGUAUGGAUAUCUCUGGUAUGGAUAUCUCUGGUACGGAUAUCUCUGGUAUGGAUGUCUCUGCUAUGGAUAUCUCUGAAUGA